UAGUUCCGCGGUCACACUGAGCAAGCAGCAUUUUCCCACUCAAAUUUGAAAUUUUUAUUUAUUUUAAUCAUGCAUUUAAUUUCAACCUCAAAGAGCACCGUGCUUUCCGACUUUGCGGACUUGGAGACAAAGUCAAUAUAUGUGCAUGCAAAUGGAGAGGCUACAGACUUUCAAUUCAAUGCCCAGCGACGGGUCUUCGUCGAGGUGGAUAAGAUGGCGGGCUUGGCUGUGAUGCGCAUUAGAGAGAAGGAGGAAAAAGCUCCCGAGAUACAGCGAGUGCGCAAACUAACCAUCGAUAAUGCCUUUUGUGUUUGCUGUGCAAAGCAGACGUCGGAGGAGAUCGCCCUGGGCCAGUCCAGUGGUUGUGUGAAGCUCUACAACUAUCGCACCGCGCAGCUAAUCCACAGAUUCCCAGCGGAUCAGCAGCGCAGCACUGUCGUCUAUGUGGACUACAAUUGCACGGACGAGUAUAUAGCAGCGGUGAAGGAGGGCGGCUCCAUCAACAUAUUCGGCACGAAGACUAAGCAAAAGGUCAACACAUUCAUUAUCGAUGAGCAGUCCACUUUGGCUCGCUUUCAUCCCAGCAAACGCUUUCAGCUGUCGAUUGCCUCGUACAAGGGCGCCGUCACUGUCUACGAUUUCCAGAGCAAGCGGAAGAUCUUUCAUGUGAGCGAUGCCCACGAUGCGCCCUGUCGGGACGUCAGCAUGUGCACGGGCCAGCCCUCGCUGCUGGUCAGCGUGGGGUACGACUGCAAGAUAAAUAUCUUCGAUAUACGCCGAAAUCGGGCUCAGCCCGCGUCCAGUCGCCUCACCUACUCCCAUCCCUUGUCCACGGUGGCGCUGAGUGAGUGCGGCACGUACUUUUGUGCGGGUAAUCUCAAGGGUGAACUGAUUGCCUACGACAUAAGGAACACCAAGUCGCCGCUGGCCGUGCGCAGUGUCCACGAUGGCGCCGUCAUUCGUGUGGCCUUUGUGCCCACGCCCACGGAGGAGCAGCAGAGCAGCAGCUUCUCCAGCAUGGGCAACGUGACCGCCGAAGCGACCAACGUGGAACGCGUGGCCAGCGAUGAGCUGCGCAAGUCCAUUGCCGCCAACUUGCUGAACACGCAGCAGCAGCUGAACAGCAUGGCCAGCCUGGGCUACGGCACGGGCGGAGGUGGCAGUGCGCGCCCACAGCGCGACUCAUUCUGUGAUUUUCUCGAUGCGCAGGGUCCUCGGACCGUCGAGCGCAUGUCCACACGCUUGACCAUGCACCGCGACAGCUUUGACUGGGAGACUUUGGGCCGCAAACCCACUGACAAUACGCAGCGACUGAGCAUAUGCCCAGCGGGUGGCUCCGGUCUCAGCUCUGUGGAUAACUCGUGCAACAGCUCCAAUGCCGAGUCUUUGCAACAAACAUUGAGCGGACCGCUUAAGGACCGCAGCAACAUUUCUGGCGAUGCGAAACUAAUGAAAAUCGCCGAAACCGAUGAGCACAGCGAGCGGGACGUGCCAUCGGCCAACUGCUCCAGCAGCACAGCGGGCAGCGACAAGGAGAAUCCCCAAGGAGUGGCGGAUGCUGAGCUGAAACGCCGCCUGCGCAUGCUCUCGGCCAGCAGGAAUAGCACGCCACACCACGUUAACAUCACACCACAGUCGUCGAGCACGCUGCUGAAGCCGCAGCAGCUGCUGGCCAAGUCAUCCAGUGGACUGUCCGCCCAGGGGGAUGCGGAUGUGCGCAGGGAGAUGGGAGAGUUGCGCGAGUCGAUGGAGCAGCGCAUCGAGCAGCUGGAGAAGGAGCUGAAGUAUGCGGGCGAGAAGAACAAGUGGCAAAUAAUUGGCCAGAUAUCCAGCUACUGGAAUCUGCAGCUGGAGAACACGCAAGAGAUACGCGACGGUCUGGCGCUGCUGCUGCAGGGCGAUCGUUUCAUGUACGAGUUCUCACGGCUGCAGCACGAGAACCAAAUGCUCAAGGCGCAGGUGCAGCACCUGCUGAGAGAACGCGAGGAUAAUGCUGGAUCCGCUGGCGAGUGAUUGUGAUGUUUGCUUUUGCUUUUACUAAUCUAUUUUUAUGCACAAAAACUGAAUGUUAU